GUGAUAUUGCUUUCUAUACAUUUACUUCCAAUUCUUUAUAUCGCCCCCAUUUUACUCGCAGUCGCAUUCCUAACCCUUAUUGAGCGAAAGAUCCUCGGCUAUAUACAACACCGUAAGGGGCCAAACGUUGUAGGCCCAUUUGGUCUUCUUCAACCAAUUGCUGACGGAAUCAAAUUGUUUAUUAAGGAGCCCAUCCGCCCUUCAACAUCAUCACAGUUCCUGUUCAUUCUCGCCCCAACCACCGCCCUUAUCCUAGCUAUACUCCUCUGGACCCCACUCCCCCUGCCAUUCCCAUAUUCUGACCUAAGUCUAGGCAUCCUACUCAUUCUGGCCCUAUCAAGCCUUAUUGUUUAUACUAUUCUAGGCUCCGGAUGAGCAUCCAAUUCAAAAUACGCCCUAAUUGGAGCACUUCGUGCUGUUGCUCAGACAAUUUCUUAUGAAGUCCCCAUAGACUUGAUUAUCCUAUGCGCAAUUAUUAUAACAGGCAGCUUUUCUCUAGCCACUUUUAAUACUACACAACAACAUAUAUGACUCUUCUUACCCCUUUGACCCCUCACCCUUAUAUGAUUUGUUUCUACACUAGCCGAAACUAAUCGAGCCCCCUUUGAUUUAACAGAAGGCGAAUCUGAACUCGUCUCGGGAUUUAAUGUUGAAUAUGCAGGGGGCCCGUUUGCUUUAUUUUUCCUUGCCGAAUAUGCCAAUAUUUUGAUGAUAAAUACCCUCUCCGCCGUUAUUUUCUUAGGCUCAUCCACUUAUUCGACACUCCCAACAGCCCUAUUAAUAACUAAAGCCUCAGCUUUAUCCCUGCUUUUCCUGUGAGUUCGUGCUUCUUACCCCCGAUUUCGGUAUGAUCAACUAAUACACCUAGUAUGAAAAAACUUUUUGCCUAUUACCCUGGCCAUAGUAAUCUUCCACAUCUCCAUACCGACAGCACUAUUUAUCUCCCCCCCUACAACAU